UGUCCAAAAUCCUUAAUAUUACCUAGAUCUUGUACGAGUGCCACAACCAGGCUAGUUGAGCAGAAUGUAUACAAUGAAGCGGCUCAGGGAAUAAAUGGAAGUGUGCCAGUCAAACAGUCCCCACGUUCAGCUUCAAAUCCAAAGCCACAAGUGCCUCCAAAGCCAAUUCAUCUGCAGAAGGUGUCACCUGUUACAUACCAAACCCCUAGACAUACAGCUUUAUCACAUCAGAAACCAAGAAUGGAGGAAGAGACACCCACCCCUGUUUCUAGUGUCACAAAGGAAAAGUCCAGUAAAGUGUCAGAUCUCAUCAAUCGUUUUGAGGGAGGCAGCCCGUUAAAUCCUAGUGAUUUGAAGAAAGAUUCCUCUGUUCUCCACAUUUCUAAAUCUCAAGGAAGAUAUGGGUCAACACCAUCACCUCAGCCAAAACUCCCCUCCCAGCACCCACUACAAAAACAAGGAAACAGUAAUACCGACAAAACUCAGGUUGCACAGCUGCACACAGCCAACGGAGUAGUAGCACAAGACCAGACAGAAGAUGAGGACGGAAGAUUACCUGAUCGUGACUCCACUAUGUCCACCCCUGUUCCAGAUAAUGCCAUCAACAGCGGCUUGAUAAAUGGGGAAAGAGAAAGUACUUCCAGAGAGUCAUUGCAAAGUAUGACUGCCUGUGAAGGACAGAUGCUUAACAGCUGCUACAGGACUCCAAGCAGUGAUACACUGCUCUCAUCUGAAAAUGAAACUCUAGAAAUUAAUACUAAUGUGAAGGAAGAACCAACUGAGGAAGUCAGUAAGCAAGAUCAACCUGUAGAAACAAAGGAGACAGAUGAACAGAAACGGCACAAAAUUGCCAGUGAACUUCUGCAAACAGAAAAAGCCUACGUUAGCCGACUUGACCUCCUAGAUAGGGUAUUCUAUUCCAGACUCCUUGAAGAAGCCAACAGAGGUUCGUUUCCAGCUGAAGUGAUUAACAAAAUCUUUUCUAAUAUUUCAUCGAUAAAUGUCUUCCACAGUAAAUUCUUACUUCCAGAACUUGAGAAAAGAAUGCAAGAAUGGACUACCACCCCCAGAAUUGGAGAUAUUCUGCAAAAGUUAGCUCCUUUCCUCAAGAUGUAUGGAGAGUACGUGAAGAAUUUUGAUAAUGCAAUGGAAUUGGUGAAAACAUGGACUGAACGGUCACCUCAAUUCAAAUUCAUUAUUCAAGACAUUCAGAAGGAAAAAGUGUGUGGAAAUUUGACAUUGCAACAUCACAUGCUAGAACCCGUACAACGCAUUCCACGCUACGAGAUGCUUCUAAAGGACUACCUAAGGAAAUUGCCUCAGGAUUCCCUAGACUGGAAAGAUGCUGAAAAAUCCCUGGAAAUUAUAUCCACUGCAGCAAGUCACUCUAAUAGUGCAAUAAGAAAAAUGGAGAAUCUAAAGAAAUUGUUAGAGAUAUACGAGAUGCUGGGAGAAGAGGAAGACAUUGUGAACCCUUCAAAUGAACUGAUAAAAGAAGGACAGAUCCUUAAACUCGCUGCUCGCAAUACGUCUGCUCAAGAACGAUAUCUUUUCCUAUUCAACAAUAUGUUGCUCUACUGCGUCCCCAAAUUCAGCUUGGUAGGAUCAAAGUUCUCAGUUCGAACCAGAGUUGGCAUAGAUGGUAUGAAGAUUAUAGAAACUCAUAAUGAAGAAUAUCCACACACUUUUCAAGUGUCUGGAAAAGAGCGAACACUGGAGUUGCAGGCCAGUUCUGAACAAGAUAAGGAAGAAUGGAUAAAGGCGCUUCAGAAUACUAUAGAAGCUUUUCAGCAGAGGAAUGAAACUUUCAGAAACGCUAUUGCUAAAGAAUAUGAAGACAUGCCUGUUGAGGUUUCUAACGCUGAGCUUGGGAAGAGAGCACCGAGGUGGAUACGUGACAAUGAAGUAACCAUGUGCAUGAAAUGCAAGGAGCCUUUUAAUGCACUGACCAGGAGAAGGCACCACUGCCGAGCCUGUGGACACGUGGUUUGCUGGAAAUGUUCUGAUUAUAAGGCACAUCUCGAAUAUGAUGGUAAUAAAUUGAACAAAGUCUGUAAGGACUGCUAUCAUGUUAUAACUGGCUGUACAGACAGUGAAGAAAAGAAGAAGAAAGGCAUCUUGGAGAUUGAAUCUGCAGAAGUCUCUGGAAAUAGUGUCAUAUGUAGCUUUCUUCAGUACAUGGAAAAAUCAAAGCCCUGGCAGAAAGCAUGGUGUGUUAUACCUAAACAGGAAGCUCUUGUGCUGUACAUGUAUGGUGCUCCGCAGGACGUUAAAGCCUUGGCUACGAUUCCACUUCUGGGCUAUACAGUAGAUGACACCCCAAGAAGUGCUGACCUCCCGCACAGCUUCAAACUGACCCAGUCUAAGUCUGUGCACAGCUUUGCUGCGGACAAUGAGGAACUAAAACAGAAAUGGCUAAAAGUCAUCCAUUUAGCUGUCAAAGGUGAGACAACAGAAUGUCAAAAUGAACUGCAAAUGAAUUUAGAAGAGCAACCUGAAUCUUCUAAAACAUUUGAAUGCUGAAGCUCAAGAACACAUGGUAUUUUCAAAAGAUUUCAAUUGAAUUUGGGGUUAACC